GUAGCAGGGUGAGGCAGGGGGUGUGGCCGAGGUUUUCCUCCUCCUGUCCCCCCUCCCUGUGUUCCUGCCUGCAGGGAAAGUCCGCCUCACUCCGACCUGAGAGAGACUGACUGAGAGCAACUCUACAGCUCGUCUUCAUCAUCCUCCAUCCUCUUCACCUCCACCUCCACCCUCCUCAUGGCUGACCCCUCCAAGUCCUCGCAGACGGCCAAGAAUGUGGUCAUCGCCCUGCUGGCGCUGUGGUCCAUCAUCUCGCUGGUCGUCAUCGUGGUGUGGUCGACGUCUCCAGACAUGAAGAGCGCGGCUCAGUGCCGCACCGAGCUACAGGACACCACAGAGAAGCUGGAGGGCGUGAAGGUGGUGUGCAAGAAGAACAAGGUGGCGCUGGAGGAGCAGGUGGAGGCCGAGCGGGAGGAGCAGCUCAAGCAGAAAGCAGAGAUCCUGGUGCUGCUCGGACACCUCAACGCCACCAACCACACACUGGAGGAGUGCCGGCAGGAGAAUCUCAUCUUGCAGACGAACGUCAGCGUCCUGCAGGAGAACAUCGAGCAGUUGCGUCUGACGGAGGCCAACCUCACAGCUCAGAUCAGCCUGCAACAAGAUCAGAUCGACGCCAUGGAGCAGAACCUAACCCAGGCCGCCCAUCAAACCGAGGCCUGCGCCAGCCUGAGAGCAGCUGCUGAGAGCCAGAUGUUAGCUGCUCAGAGUCAGACCCGAGCCUGUGAGUCGGGACAGCAGUACAUGAAGAAACAGCUUCUGAAGUGUAAGCUGGAAGAGUCGGAGGCUCCUGAGCAGUCGCAGCAGGUUCCCCCCGCACCGACCCCUUCUUCAGAUGCCUCGCCCCUCUCUGGUAUUCCUGCGCUGAUGCUGCUCGUCUGCAGCGCUCUGCGUCUCAUUACCUGAGAGCUCAGUGAAGCGGCAACCUGUCCAUCGACGGCGAGCACUGUGGUCCAGGACGAGGGGGCGGUGGAGCCUGGACGGACCUGAUGACUGCUGUACAACCUUCCUGUCUACGCACCUGAUCGCUAUGGAGACGCUGACGUGUCACGCUGUCGUAUGAUGAAUGAUUGGACGUUGACUGACUGUUUAAAGACAAAUGCUGCUUCACUCUGUCGGCUAAGACGUUUUUUACUCCGCAGCUUCAACUUGAUUUAUUUUGCUUCUUAAAUCUUCAGUUUUUAAA